UUUGUUCUGUACAGGUUAUCGUUAGAAGAUUUAAUUUUGGUGUUUGCGUCGUUGGAAAAUUUCUUAAUCAAAUUUUUGUUCGAAUACUGGAAGCGAAGGCGUUUGAAGAAACGAACAAAAAAUGGCUCCCCUCAAUGUGAAGGACAUACAAGACUUGGACGAAUAUCGUCGACAAUUGGAGUCAGCUGGUGAAAAAUUAGUAAUCGCCGACUUCGGAGCUUCUUGGUGCCGUCCGUGUCACUUGAUUGCUCCAGUGUUUCAGUCUUUGGCUGAUAAGUACCCGAAUGCCGUAUUUCUGAAGGUGGACGUGGAUCAGUGCCAGGAUGUGCCUGCGGUGGAGAAAGUCUCCAAGAUGCCGACGUUUAUAUUCUACAAAGAAUCGGCGAAAGUUGACCUUCUACAAGGAGCAGAUCCUAAUGCGUUGGAGUCCAUGAUAAAGAAGCAUUAUUCGGAGAAUGAAGGAGCUGGAGACGAGUCACUGGUCCCUGGCCAAUUGGAUUUGACAAGCUACAUAAGCAAAUCCGAAUCAGAGUGCUUGAAUGACCACGACGAACACCCGUGGAUAAAUGCUUUGGAGGCCAGCGAGGAUUUCUGUUCGACAAUGAUUUUCAACAUCACCUUCAAUACUCACGUGAAGCUUCAUUCAAUUUUGCUUCAAGCUCCAGAAGAAAACGGCCCAAAGGUUAUUAAGCUGUUCACCAACUUAGCCUUGCCUCUGGAUUUUGACUCGGCCCUCGGUUCGACCCCAACACAAGAACUCACCUUCACGCCUGAGGAACUCGUGGCCGGGAAACCAAUCCAACUCAAGUUCGUGAAAUUCCAAAAUGUCAACUGUCUCACCAUUUUCGUACAAAACAACGUGGGAGAACAAGAAGUGACGCGAAUCAAUCGUCUAGUACUUUUCGGAACUCCAAUCACCACAACGCACAUGGACGACUUCAAACGCGUCGCAGGGAAACCAGGAGAAUCUCACUAAAUCAAAAUGUAUUACGCAUCGAAAUCAAGAAAACAAAAUGAUCAGAACAUAUCAUACUAUUUUGUCUCCUUCCAUCAUGUCACACAAAAAAAAAAAAACAACAUGGAUCUCCAAAAAAGCUGGAAUGAAUAAUGCAUAAAACUCCGCAGGACAGUGGAAGAUUAACGAGAACAACCAGGC